UCGAUUUCUAGAUCCCUCAUCAAUUCGGAUUCGUUUUCGAUCUGUUGAACUCUAUUCAUAUUUCUGUCAUUCCAUCGUCAUUCUAAACAAAACGUGCAUUUUUAGGAAAGCUAUGGAAUUUCGAAAUAAAGAUCCUGGAGCUGUGCAAUAUGGAAACUUCAUCAAUUAUUAUCAAUUUAAUUCCGCAGAAGAACGUCUCAAACUGUUGCCUGCAGACCAAUGGACCACUGACGAUAACGCACCCAACGUGCCCUAUCUUGUUCUAGAUGUAGGCUGCAAUUCUGGUGUUUUCACACAACUUUUACGUGAUUAUCUUAGCAAAUUACUACCUCAACGUGACAUUCUCAUAUAUGGAGUAGAUAUUGACGAUGCCCUAAUUAAAAGAGCUAAAGCCGAAAACAAUUGUGACGCAAUAACAUUUGAGUGUGUUGACGUUAUGGACAAUGAAGCUUUCGAAAAAAUCAACGAUUAUUUGGCGAAACAUCAACGAUCGCAUUUCGAUGCAGUUUGUUGUUUUUCCAUAACCAUGUGGAUACAUUUGAAUCAUCAUGACAGUGGUUUGCAGGAAUUUCUACGCAAAUUGUCUUCGUUGGCCAAAUUAUUUGUUGUAGAACCACAACCCUGGAAAUGUUAUCAAACUGCAGAGAGAAGACUAAAGAAAUCGGGAGAAGUAUUUCCUUUAUUUCCAGAGUUGAAAUGGCGUUCACAGGUCGAAGAUGAAAUCCAAAAUUAUCUUGAACUGACAUUGCAAAGAAGAAAAGUCUACGAAUCGUGUCCAACAAAGUGGAAGAGAAAAAUUUGUUUUUACAGAUAAUUAAAAACAGAUUUAGAAAAUGGUAAAACAAUUGUGUUUUUUUAAGUUUGUAGCUCUAGCAGUCAUGUCGACCUAAUGGUUUUAAUAAUCUAAAUUAGAUUUCGAGUUUAAAUCGCACUAUUC